GCGGCGCCGGGCAGCGCGGGGCAGGGAGCGCACACCGCCGCGCGCCGAGCGAGCCAGCACCAUGUGUCGCCCCGCGCUCGCCCGGCUGCUGCUCCUGCAGCUCCUGCUGGUGAAGGUGCACCUCGGCGAAGGCGCCGGCAAGGAGUGCGAGGAGGACCAGUUCCAGUGCCGGAACGAGCGCUGCAUCCCCGCCAUCUGGAGAUGCGACGAGGACGACGACUGUUCGGAUAACAGCGACGAGGCGGAUUGCCCAAAGAAAACUUGCGCCGAGUCAGAUUUCACUUGUGACAAUGGCCACUGCAUCCUAGCCAGGUGGAAAUGUGAUGGUGAAGAAGAAUGUCCGGAUGGGUCAGAUGAAUCAGAAGCAGCAUGCACCAAACAAGUAUGUCCAGCUGAAAAAAUUAGCUGUGGAGACUUAAGCAACAAAUGUAUCCCGUCGUCAUGGAGAUGUGAUGGGCAGAAGGAUUGUGAAAGUGGUAUUGAUGAGGCUGGUUGCCCUCCUGCCUGUUCUCCCAAUGAGUUCCAGUGCAGUAACAAGUCGUGCAUCUCCAUCAUCUUCGUGUGUGAUGGUGACAAUGACUGCGGGGAUGGCAGUGAUGAAAGAAAAUGCUCCCCUUUGACCUGUCAGCCCAACGAAUUCCAGUGCAACAACAGCGUGUGCAUCCCAGAGCCGUGGGUCUGUGAUAACCAGCCGGACUGUGAGGAUCAGUCGGAUGAGUCCGUAGAGAAGUGUGGCUACAAUGCCAAGGCCCUCAACACCUGCGCGGCUCAUGAAUUCCAGUGUGGCAAUGGUGAAUGCAUCCACCUGAACUGGAAGUGUGAUGGGGAUGAAGACUGCAAGGACAAGUCUGAUGAGCAGGAUUGCCCUCUGGUGACUUGCCGGCCAGAUGAAUUCCAGUGUGGCGAUGGGACCUGUAUCCAUGGAUCAAAGCAAUGUAACAAGGUGCAUGACUGUCCUGACAACAGCGACGAGGCAGGCUGCGUCCAAGAGUCAGCAUGUGAAAGUCCCAGCAAGUUUCAGUGUAAGAGUGGAGAGUGCAUUGACGGAGGCAAAGUGUGCGAUUCACAUAGAGACUGCAGGGACUGGUCUGACGAGCCUCUGAAAGAAUGUGGUAUUAAUGAAUGCUCCAUAAACAACGGUGGUUGCUCACACAUAUGCAAAGACUUGAAGAUUGGUUAUGAAUGUGAAUGCCCGCCCGGAUACAAGCUUCUGGAUAAAAAAACGUGUGGAGACAUAGAUGAAUGUGAGAAUCCAGACGCUUGUAGCCAGAUCUGCAUUAAUUACAAGGGGGACUACAAAUGCGAGUGCCACGAGGGAUAUGAGAUGGACACCCUGUCCAAGAACUGCAAAGCUGUAGGCAAGAGUCCAUACCUCAUCUUCACCAAUCGCCAUGAGGUCCGUAAGAUAGACCUGUUGAAAAGGGACUACUCUCGCAUCAUUCCUAUGCUGAAGAAUGUCGUGGCACUGGACGUGGAGGUGGCAACAAACAGAAUCUAUUGGUGUGAUUUGUUCUACCGAAAAAUCUACAGCGCCUACAUAGACAAAGCGAGUGACACCGCUGAGCAGGUGAUUUUGAUAGACAGCCAGCUGAACUCUCCUGAAGGACUGGCAAUAGACUGGGUUCAUAAGAAUAUCUACUGGACGGAUUCUGGAAACAAGACCAUCUCAGUGGCUACUGCAGAUGGUAGCAGGAGGAGGACACUUUUCAACAGUGACCUCAGUGAGCCAAGAGCCAUUGCUGUUGAUCCCACACGGAGGUUCAUGUACUGGUCUGACUGGGGAGACAAAGCUAAGAUUGAGAAAGCUGGCCUGAAUGGCGCGGGGCGGCAAGUGCUGGUGACUGACAACAUUGAGUGGCCAAAUGGCAUCACACUUGAUUUGCUGAAUCAGCGUCUCUACUGGGUAGACUCCAAAUUGCAUUCACUGUCCUGCAUUGAUUUCAAUGGAAGCAACAGAAAAGUUCUGAUCUCCUCUGUUGACGAUCUGAGCCAUCCUUUUGGCUUAGCAGUGUUUGAGGACAGAGUGUUCUGGACUGACCUGGAGAAUGAAGCGAUCUUCAGUGCAAACCGGCUGAAUGGCUUGGACAUCUCCAUUUUGGCAGAAAAUCUCAAUAAUCCUCAUGACAUCGUAGUAUUUCAUGAAUUAAAGCAGCCCAAAGCUCCAGAUUCCUGUGAGCUCAGCCCUCAGCCAAAUGGAGGCUGCGAGUAUUUGUGUCUUCCUGCACCUCAGAUCACUCCCCAUUCUCCCAAGUAUACGUGUGCCUGUCCUGACAAUAUGUGGCUGGGUCCUGACAUGAAAAACUGCUUCAAAGAUCUUCCAACUACUUCAACUGCUGUACUGGUUUCUACAACCACAGCAUCCCAUAAUACCGGGACCACAGCAACUGUAACUGGCAGUGCCAGUAACACCACUGAAGUCGUCCCCAAAGCUGUUUCAGAAGCUACAGUUACCACCUCAAGUUUUAAUUUGCCUUCCACCACAUCCAUCCUAAUAGAUUCUGAGAUGACCACUGGAAACAGCAAUUUAUCACAGCACUAUGCAAAUAACGAUGAAGGCUUUGAUUCAACUGUGACAGCAGCUGUUAUUGGAAUUGUCAUCCCUGUCGUGGUCCUUGGCUUGCUGUGCAUGGGAGGAUACCUCAUCUGGAGAAACUGGAAACGGAAGAAUACUAAAAGCAUGAAUUUUGAUAAUCCAGUGUAUAGGAAGACAACAGAAGAGGAAGAUGAAGACGAAAUCCACAUUGGACGGACUGCCCAAAUUGGUCAUGUGUACCCAGCACGUGUAGCAUUAAGCUUAGAAGAUGACGGGUUGCCAUGAGGACGAAGUUGCUGCUCCAAACAACACACUGAACAAAUUUGCUCUGGAUCACAGAACCUGAUUCUUCUUUUUAAUCGUUAUUUAUGUUGCAGAAGGGUAACCACAAAGUUAUAAUGAACUGCAAACAUCCAAAGGAUGUGAGAGUUUUGUAUGUAUAAUCUUUUAUACACAUUUUAACUUGCUGCACUACCCAUUUGUGAUAGUGAAUAAGCGACAGCUGAGCUACUAACUCAAUGUACAUAACCAGCCAGGCUGAAGAUUCAGUAGCUAUUGCUUUAUUUUAAGACUAUAUUUAUAGAUAUUUUGUAAAUAUGUUGAAUAUGCUUUGUGGCUAUCCAUCAACAUAAGUAAAACAACUUCUGUACAGGCAGUUUAGAAAUAUUUAUUAACAAAAGCUGGAUUAUAAGAUCUGUUCUGUAAAUAUAGUAGAGGGGUGAGAGUAUUUAUUUUUUGUAUGUUUGGCUUGCUGUGCAUAGAUUAUCUGUGUAUAUAUCUAUCUAGACUAGAUAGAUAUAUAGGCAUAUAAAUAUAUACAUAUAUAUAAAAAUAUAUACAUAUAUUUUAAAAGUACUAGCCUACGUUUACGAAAAUGAGGGAUAAUUAAGUUUUUAAAGGAUGUUUGAGAAGUUUGCUUUGAAAUCUGAAGACACUAAGUGAGGAAGAGCUGUACUGUGAGAGAGCUGACAAAUGAAGCACUCCCAUAACAAACAGAGCACUGGUUUUCCAAACCAACUCAUAAGUUUGCCCGGAAAGAUUAAUCUAACUUUUAAUGGAAGAGCUGUUACUUACUGCAUUUCAGGAGAAACUCCCAACAGCACCCAGGUUUUUUGUGUUGUAUUGUGGCUUUUUGCAGCUUGAUACAAAUUUGAUGUCGGUUUUUUGUUUGUCUCUAAAUGUAAAUCUAAAUGUUCUUCCGCACUAGGAAUCUUCCACCUCUCAAAUCAUCUUAGAAUUGGUAGAAACAAAGAUUUAGGCAAGUACUUGUAUACACCCAAAGAGAACACUCUCACCUGGCUCAUCAGGAAAAAAAGCACCAACACAAUAAAAAAGUUAAUUCCUUCUCUCCUUACCCUUUUUACCUUACUCUUACUGAUUAAGAGUCCAAAUUUAGGAGCUGCUGUGGGACAGUGUCUCAAUUCAGCUUGUGUGGAGUGCUUUGAGUCAUCAUCCCAUUUCUUGUCAGUGGAACGACCUACACCACAGUAGAUCCCCCAUACCACAGAGCACUAGGCAAAGACAUGAAAAAUUCCCAGCCUUAUCAAUGUCUUCAGCUGGGUCAUCCUACACCUUACAGAAAAAAAAAACACUGUUUUUUCUCAUCUUUUUCUAGAAGAUUCUCUGGAAGCAGGUACACUUACCUACCACUGCAUAACAGACUAGCAGCUUCCCAAACUGUACCAAAACCUAGAGAAAUCUCCCUAGCGUUCUUCUGUCAAUCCAAGCUGAAUAGAUUUGGGGAGGGUUCCUUUUGGGUUUCUUUCUUUUAGAAUAAAUUCACAGCAUAAGUGGACUGGAAGUUGGUCAUUUACUAGGAAAAGGAAAAAAGUGUCUGAAGACCUAGUAUGCAUUACCAGCAUAAUACAUACUCUCAAAAUACUUAUAGCCUACACAGACAAUGCAUAAAGAACCAAGCGUCCUUCUAUACAAAUUUUAGAUUUUAAGGCGAUGAAAAAGUGAUUGAGAUAUCCAGUUACUCUUUUAAGGUAUGAAGCUCUGUUUCUACAAAUCCAUGCACUGUGUGCACAAAUAAAAACACUGAGAAAAGGCUGUAUGUGAUAACACUGUAACUAACAGACAAAUGUAAAUAUAUUUGAAAGUUCUACAGUUUUGAUACUUUUUUAAGAACACAUGCACACAAACAAACCUGUAUAAACCAUGUAUAAAAGGUGGCAGUUUUUUUCAAACCAUUGUAAAUGGACUCAAUGUGCAGUGUUGAUUUCAACCUUUGCAGAUUUAUAAGUACUGAGAAGUCAAACACCAAAUUUGUUUUUUAAGAAAUUAAUUAUUUUAAAUAAUGAUUCAGAUUGUUAGGAUGAUAUUUAACAUUGUAAUAAUUUCUGAUCUCUGUCUUGUCAUAUUGAAGUUCUGUUAGAGUGAGUUCUUGCUUGGUGCCUUUUGUGUUUCAGUUUCUACCUUACGGACAAAAGGACCAGGGAGGGGCGGGGAGGGAUCUGCUCUGUGUAACACUUGCUGUACUUACAUCAAUACGGAUUACUGAAAACCAAAUGAACGUAUUUGUAAAAC